UGGAACCCACUCUUCCACAGUCCCCCUCUUAUCCUUCACUUGCCUUGUAAGCGAACAACUGACAAAUUUCACUCUCUUCUAUGCUCUCCCAUUUUAUAUUCAGCCCUCACUCCCACAGAAACUUCAAAACAGAUUCAAGAAUCUUUCCCCCUUUUCUCUUUUCUUGAAUCCCCCAAAUUAUUAUUUCUUAAAUGUUCAAGAUAAUGAACUCAAUCCACCUAAUCUUAUUGAUUUGUCUCUCAUUUACCAUUUUAUUGACACAAUCCGCUCCCCAGGAUGCCAUAGUUACUCACGUUCCUGGGUUCGAUGGCACUCUACCAUCCAAACACUACGCUGGGUAUGUGACAAUAGAUGAAAACCAUGGCAAGAAACUGUAUUAUUAUUACGUUCUUUCAGAAAGAAACCCUUCUCAGGAUCCAGUGGUUCUUUGGCUCAAUGGUGGCCCUGGUUGCUCCAGUUUUGAUGGGUUUGUUUAUGAACAUGGUCCGUUUAAUUUUGAAAAAACAGGAAGCUUGCCCAAGCUUCAUCUUAAUCCAUAUACAUGGGCCAAGGUUUCAAAUGUGAUAUAUUUGGACUCUCCUGCUGGAGUCGGAAUGUCUUAUUCCGGUAACAAAUCCGACUACAUCACCAGAGAUACAACAACGGCUUUAGAUUCCCACAAAUUUCUCCUUGAGUGGUUCACGUUAUAUCCCGAAUUCCUUUCAAAUCCUUUUUUCAUAGCUGGUGAAUCAUAUGCUGGAGUUUACGUCCCUAUGUUGUCUUACGAAGUGAUGAAAGGACUUGAUGCUGGUGAUAAACCCACUCUCAACUUUAAGGGAUACAUUGUUGGAAAUGGAGUCACUGAUGAUGUGUUUGAUGGCAAUGCUCUUGUCCCCUUCGCACAUGGAAUGGGCCUCAUUUCAGAUGAACUAUAUAUGGACGUUACCAAAGAGUGUCAAGGGAACUAUUACAAUCCUGCUAAUAAUGAGUGUGAAAGCAAGCUUGAAAAAGUUGACCAAGAGCUUGAUGGACUAAACAUCUAUGACAUUUUAGAACCAUGUUAUCACAGUGAUAGUUCAAGUAAGAUUAGGCUUGAAAAUACAAAUUUGCCCCUGAGCUUUAGGAAAUUGGGUGAAACCGAAAGACCACUUCCGGUGAGAACCAGAAUGUUUGGGCGUGCUUGGCCUUUUAGAGCUCCAGUCAAGGCUGGUUAUGUGCCUUCUUGGCCAGAGCUUCUCAACAGUGAAGAAAGUGUCCCGUGUACUGAUGAUGAAGUGGCAACUGCAUGGCUAAACAAUGAAGUAGUCCGGAAGGCAAUUCAUGCGGACCCGAUUAGUGUAGCGGGCGAAUGGGAGCUAUGUACCGGUAGGAUCAGAUAUUAUCAUGAUGCUGGAAGCAUGCUUAAGUACCACCGAAACCUCACUGCUCGUGGCUACCGCGCUCUUAUUUUCAGUGGGGAUCAUGAUAUGUGUGUUCCGUUCACCGGAAGUGAAGCUUGGACACGAUCUUUAGGGUACCCGGUUAUUGAUGAAUGGAGGAAUUGGAAGGUUGAUGGCCAAGUCUCGGGAUUCUUACAAGGAUAUGACAGUAACCUCACGUUUCUCACAGUCAAGGGAUCGGGGCAUACUGUACCUGAGUACAAACCGAAAGAAGCAUUGGCAUUUUACUCUCGUUGGUUAGAGGGAAAGAAAAUAUAGGAAAAUAGCAUGAUUGUUUUCAUGUGUUUGUAAACGUAUUACGUGGUUGUUAAUUUAUGAAUAAUUUGGUGUUAGGAAAAGGGAAAGGGGGAGGUAACAUACAAGUGGCAUGUACUGAUAUAUGAUGAAAAGCGAAAGAAAUUAUUGUUGUCGAUGAAA